GUGUGUAAUAUUCCUCACAAACCAUACCGAGUUUUCGGAACAUAAUGACGACAUAACGUAGACAAAUUGUAAGUGGUCGCCAGUACAGUGUUAGAUAUUUUUAAUUCGCUUCUACACGUAUUUAAACGACACAAAUUCGUCCAAGACAUCGUCCAACGUUCUUUAUUAUACAAUGUUUAACAUUGUUUCGUUAGGAGCGUUGCUCUUUUUUGGUACUUGUUUAGCAAACGCACAGAAUCCUAGUAUUUUAGUGCAACCUGGAGGUUAUUCGUCCAACAUUUUAUCUAUAAAUAUCAAUACCAAAAAAUGUAUGCAUACCGUCAGCGAUCAUUUCUUAAGUAUUACACUCGAACCAUCAACUAUAUUUUCGGCAUUGCAAAAAAACCUUGGACCAGCCUCCAUUAAUAUGGCUAAAGGCUUAAGUCCAGCGUAUAUAAGGAUAUCUGGUCCGGAAUGCAAUAACUUCAAGUUUCAAGGAAGUGAAGACAUUUCGAAAUUGUCACCAACCCAUCCCGUAAGACAAGGGAGAAACAACAUAACGAUUACUGGCUGGCACUGGUCACAGUUAAAUGAAUUUAUAGCCAAAACUGGAUUAGAUUUAAUUGUUGGCUUAAAUGUUAUGAACAGAAAACACGGGUCGUGGGAUCUUAGUAACACCUUGGAUCUUAUAUCAUAUUCGGACAAACAUGGUUACGAUAUGGCGUUCCAAAUUGGCAACGAUAUACAAGCGAUUGGAUCGCGUAUUGAUGGUGCAUCACUUGGUAGGGAUGCAAACAGAUUACGUAAAGUACUUGAAGCGUUCCCUAGGUACUUGAAUUCGCCAAUUCUGGGCCCUGACGUUAGAUCGUGUGAAACUCCAGAAGAAACUAGGUAUUUGAAGAGUUUUAUCAUAGAAUCUGGUCCUUCGCUUUCUGCAUUAUCAUACCAAGUACCCUUUUCAAGUGAGAAAAAUGUUGAGAAUCCAACUGAAAUAUUCAGUUACAUACAAAAUCAAAUGGAAGCUCGUGUGUGGCAAAAAGAUUUGACAAACAAAUAUCUAGGAAAAAUAGCCGCAAAGAAACCAUUGUGGAUUGUAGAAUCAGGAAAUAAAGAUAGAAGAGGGGAUUUCAUGGAUGGAUUAGUAUGGGCACAAAGACUAUGUGCAGGUGCUCGAGUUGGAAUAAAUACAAUUAUGAGAAAACCGUCGUUGUCAUCGCUAAGUGAACCAACUUCGGAUUAUUGGGUAUCAGUUCUUCACAAAGCUUUGGUUGGAUCAGAAGUUUUAGACAUUAAGAUUUUGUCUGGAAACAAAACGCGUUUAGAAACAGUUGCACAUUGUACAAAAAUGUCUCCAUACGAUCCCAACGAAGGAAUAUUAGCUCCUGAAUACCGAUAUAAUAGGGGUGCAGUUGUAGUUUUUGGUGUAAACAUGGGAUCAGAAGCUAUAAAAAUAUCAUUAAAAACAGGACAAAUGCAAAAUUUACCAUUACACCAAUAUUUAUUGACCGCCAACAAUAGACAAACCAAAAGAGCUUUGAAGUCUUCCUCUACUAUGCUCAAUGGACAAAAAUUGAUUUUAUCACCUGAUGGCGAUCUUCCAAUUAUAUCACCGAAAGUUCGAACAUCCAACCAAUUGAUUACUAUUCCCAGUCAAUGCGUAUUUUUCUUAGUAUUACCAAAUAGUAAAUCAAAGGCGUGUAUGGCGGUUCAGAUCGAAGAAUCUAAAGAGUCUUAUAAAAAUGGUGUCAGGAUUUUAGAUCAAGAGGAGUUUGACGAAACCGAUUACAAUACACCAAUAUUAGAUCAAGAAGACGAAUUGGUAUCAAAUGAAAAACAAACGUAUGUGGCAUUCCGACCUAAAUAUAUUAAAACCAAUGAUGAAUCUGUAGUGGAAAGAGAAGUUAAUAAUAUCCAAAUGUCUCAACCAAACAAUGACGGCUCACUUAAUAUUGAAAACUUGCAACAAUCUGAACCACUGGUAAAAUAUGUCACAUUUUCUAAUAAUAAUUGGCUUUCGAAAUUCCCAAAAACAUUAAAUAAUCGAGAAUAUUCCGACGAGCCUCCGACAUUUCCUUCAACUGAAACUGCCACAAUAGAAACACAAACAGAGUUAGCAAGUCUACCACCUCCUAAAAGCAGAAGAGAAAAAUAUCACAUUCUCGCCCAAGCAGUAGCUGGGAGAAGACAUACAGAGAAAAACAUUCGAUCAGAUUUAUACUCUAAUUUAGAUUCUGCUAUAUCAUCACUAAAAUCUGCCCAAAAGUUAAAAUUAAUAAAAAGAUCAAUAGAUGACACAGAUUAUAAUUCAAAAGAAUUAGAUGAAAUUAUUAAAGAAUUUACAAACAAAGAAAGACUGUCAUUGGAUCCAUUUUCUAAAACUGACCAAUUAUCUUCUGAAAUACCCUUUAAAUCAGAUGAAGAUCGUUUUAAAACGCAUGAUCGUAUUAAAAAAGAAUAUACAAAAAUUAACACAGAAAUUCCUGAAGUGCAACCAUCGGAACUUACUUUACAAACACUAGAAACAACUAUGAUCACCUCAACUCCUCCAAUGACAACUGCAGCAGUAGAUAAACAUCGUGCAAAACACGAAAGUCAUGUUCAAAAAAUUAAAACUAGGGCGGAACAAGCUUUAGCCAAAGCAAACGAGAAAACUUCUCAAAAAAUCAAAGGAAGAAGACAGCAAGAUAAAUUUAAAAAUGAAGUAAAAGAUCCUACUGUACAACACUCAAUAACUGAAAAGCCAAUUAUAACAAGCAUAAAAUCAAUUACUGAAAAUUCAAUGAUGGCAAGUCCAAAAUCAAUUACUAGAAAUGCAAUGGUGACCAGUACACAAUCAAUUACCACCAAUACAGAACUGCCGAGUAACGAAAACUUAACUAGCUUAGGCGAUAAUAUAAGAUAUAAUCGCCAAACAAAUAGUACAACUACAGAUGGCAUUAAAAUAGCAAGACCUCGAAUAAAUUUGAAAUCAAAAAAAUAUAUCAACCUUUUAGACGUGGAAAAUACCAAAACUACUCCAAUAAGCCAUCCUCCGAUAACAGAAAUAGCUAAUUUUGAACCUAGCAUUACAGAAAUGCCUACGAAAAAGACUACGAAGUUAAGGAGUUUUACAUAUAUACCAAAAACUUUGAAUUUAACCAAACCUAAAGUUAUUGAUGUAGUAGAAAUAAAAAGUGGCAAAACACUAGUAAGAGAGAAUCGUGAAACAACAAUACUACCAAUACCAAAAAUUAAAAUCAAACCAGUUCGUCAUCCUUUAGGAAGAGUAAGAACUCCAUCCAAUGUCGAUCUCGAUCAAAUUGUUACCAACGAAAAAAUCACUGAAAGAUUGGUUGAGAACCUAAGGGAUGGGAAAAAAACAUUACAGUCCGAACAAAUUGUCAGCCCAAUAGAUAAGAAUGAAGAAAGUAAACUUGAAAGCAAAACCGGUUUACCAGCAGCAAUUAAACUAAAAGCGUUAGAAGAAAAAUUAAAAAUUCGUAGAAUGGAAAUAGAGCAAAGACUUCAUCAAAAAAAUCACAAGAUCAAACGGUCCCUGAAAAACAGCAUAGUUGAAGAUGACAUAAUGGAUAUAAAUGACAUUUUGAAUUCCGACAGACCCAACGAGCUGGAUAUAAACGCCGAGCCAGUCUUGAAACGUGAGAUUAUUAGGUAUCCUCGAUCUGUGGCUGAUUUUACGGUUAAGCUAAACGAAGUGAAUACAUACGUAGACAAAAUCAAUCAUGAAGUAGAUCCAAAAAACAACGAAGUCACAGAACACAGCAACAACUUGAUGGACCGGAAAAAUAAAAACGAGAUGAAUAUUUUAUCAGAAGACAGUGGGUUUGACAAUUUAAACAUUAAAUUAAAACGCAAAUCUGUUUUUGAGGAUAUAGACGAAGACGAUUAUAGUAAAACGACUAUUAAUAUGGUCAAUAAACUGUUUAGCCAUAUGCAGAUAUUUUGGAAAUAUUUAAAGAAAACAUUCCAAUUUUAAACACACAGCUUAACAGAAAUAUAAUUUAAGCAUACCUAAUGUUAGGAACUUUAAAUGUACCUGGUACUUAACAUACACAUUUAAUUUAAUUUAACUUUAUAAUUUGUAAAAAUAUGUACUAUUAAUUAAUAAUUAUUUUUAUACUUUUUAAUUAUUUUAUUCAACUAAUGAGUUGGACGUAUACAUAAGACGACGAUGUUGUCGUAUUUAUUUUUUUGUUAUCGUAAUAACUCUAUUUAUAUAAUAAAAAAUUGUAAAUUAUUUA